CAGCUGUUGUAACUAACGUUUUGUUUAGAAGGAAGGCAAAAGUUGUAUCUUCGGGAGUAUAGUCCGUCUUAAUCUUUCUCGUCAAUGGGAUCCAUCAUAAGAGCAACGUAUCGUCCUGGAGAUCUGUUGAGAGAAAAUGUUCGAAUAUUCGAUGAAAACGACGUAGAUGUGACGCCCUUACCCCUUGUGUUCAAUGGAUUCGACGACGAAGAAGAUGAGGAGGAGGAUGCGAUUGUCGAUCUCACUUUUCAAGAUACUGAACAGGUCGUACGAACAACCACCGAAAGCUAUAUCGCGGCGCUCCCAGAGGAUCGCACUCCGACCCCAUCCUCCGGGGCCGGCGCCUCGGCGGCCGGGUCGGGGCAUCGUACUGAGGGUAGCAGCCAGGGGGGCGGGGAGGACGGUGGCGAGGAAGACGCCGAGGAGGGUGACAUUGACGACACGGCGUCUACGCCGCCUCCUCGGAUCCCCACGCCCAUCCUGCAGGCGCUGCAGGCCAUCCGACACUACAAGCCGGCGCCGGAGCCGCGCACCACCUACUUCCUCGCGGAGACGCCCACGUUCUGGCUGUUCGAGCUGCCCAGCAAGUGUCUGCCGUGGAACGGGCCGGACGCCGGUGACGAGGCCGCGCAGUCCCGCCGCGAGGACGGCCACUACUUCUGGCUGACGUACGCCGAGGGCCGACUGCGGCACCGCCACGACGCCGAGGCCCAGACGCCUGUCACGCUCACCAAGAAGCAGCGCACCCAGACCCUGGCCGUGCACAGCAGCACGGUUCAGCUGUUCGCCACCGAGUGGGACCUCUAUGACACAUUUCGCAAGGUGAACAUUGCCAGCAGGUUGGCGGGCCGCGGGCCCGCCCGCUCCAACGCCAUCGUCCCCAAGGGAGAGGCCACGACGGCGCACUCGGCGAGGUCCAUUGGUGUCUCAACCACGACCGCGGCUGACGACGCGGCCAGAGCGCGGAACGGCUGGGCACGGCUGGCGGCGGCCACGGCGAGAGAGGCAGCCAGCCGCACCACCAUCAUCCGCAUCGGCGAGCAGCCCGUGUCCCCGCGCCGCCGCCUGCUCCGCUCCAGCCAGGACCUGCUCGAGUCCAGGGAGUUCCGCCUCGCUGCCACCAUCUGCGAGCGCCUUCUCGCGUCCAACAGCUACCGCCGUAGGCAGGAGAUCUUCAUCGGCCACCCCCGUCUGCUGACGCGCCAGAAGCCGUCCGAGUUUCGGUACACCGUGACGCGCCUGUUCGAGCUGUACAACCAGGACACGCAGGGGCUUCCUGUCACCGGUGUGGCGUGGAACGGCAAGGACAACACCAUCCUGGCGGCCGGCUAUGGCUGCUACCUCCUAUCCGACAGCAGCCGCACCGGUCUCGUCUGCUGCUGGAGCAUCAAGAAUCCCUUUCAGCCCGAGCGCAUCUACAGGCUCGAUAGCGCCGUCACGGCCCUGAACUUCUCGUCCGAGAGGCCCAACCUGCUGGCGGUGGGCGUGCAGUCCGGGCUGGUGUACAUCGUGGACGUGUCCCUGUACGCGAGCGACCCGCGCGCCGUGCGCCAGCUGCGCAGCGACAAGGCCCCCAUGGCGUACGCGCCGCUGUGGGACGUGCAGUGGUUCACCUACACCGACUUCGUGGCGAGCACCGAGGAGGUGUUGACGGUGGGCGAUGACGGCUGGGUGUGCAAGUGGAACCUGGACCGCGACUGGGAGUCGUACCCACUGUGCCGCGUGCAGUACUACCCGGAGCGCGAGGACUUGCUGCGCCGAGCCGACCCGGCCGCCUGUGAGGUGCGGGUUCUGUCCGCGUUGUGCGUCACCCUGUUGCCCGGCACGCGCUACCUGGUCGCCACCAAGGACGGCGUGGUGGCCGAGUGCCACGUACACCAGCGCGCCAGCAGGCCCACGCUCACCACGGCGCACGCCGGCCCCAUCUACGCCAUCCGGCGCUCGCCCUUCUGCGGCAACCUGUACCUGACGGCGGGUGCGGACUGGACGGCGUGCCUGUGGUUGCGCGGCUGGGACGAGCCUCUCGUCAAGCUCAACAGUCCGCAAAACGCUGCCGUGGAGGCGGCCGCUUGGUCGCCGUCGCACGCCACCCUCAUCGCCACGGUGUCGGGCAGGGAGUUGCAGGUGUGGGACGUCGGCAGGCGCGCUGCCUCCGCCCGCCCCGUGGCCGUGGUGCCAAACGAGCGCUCCGUGCGCUACACCAGGGUGGACUGGGCGCGCGACGGGCUUAGCCUGCUGUCCGGGGACCGCGCGGGUCAUGUGUGGGUGCACCACCUGGGGGAGCUGCCCCAUCGGCCGCGCCUGGCCCGGGAGGCGCUGGUCGCCGCGCUCAGCCCGCUGGUCCCGCCACACCGCCGGCCCCUGCUGAGGGAAAAGCUGCUGAGUGACGACUGACCGACCCGGCCAUCUGUCCCACACCCCAAACCCCGUUCAGUGUAAGACUUGGAGUAAAAUUAAAUAUUGUCGUGAAAACCAUGGAAACAAAGUAGAAUUGCGUUUUGUUGGCACCAAAUUCUCUGUAAAUUACUUUUCAUACGCGACAUGUUAAUGCUCGGGAGGAGCAACAUGUUUGCCUCGGCACUGCUGUUGAGUGGAAGAGCAGUCGAUGCACUUCACCGCGCUGGGGCUGUGAGGCUGAAGCAUUGCAUCCGUUCACUCUUCCCGCCUCUGCAUUGCCAGGGCGGCUCCGACUCGAACGACCUCCUAGACCCGCACUGCAAGGUGGCGCUCGUCACCGAGGGAACGACCAACGUCGGCUUCGGCGUGGCGCAGGAGCUGCUGUGCCAGGGCGCCGAGGUACAGCGAAAGUGACGAGCAGAGGAUCUCUGAGAUUGAGAUGGAUGCGAAGAAACCCAUGGGCAGAUGGCGAGUGACCUCGCGUGCGACAGACCGUGGUCAUCACCGGGACGCACUGCGAGGCGGGCUUGGAGGCGGCCGGGAAGCUGUGCUCGCACCACGGCUCGGACAGGGCCGUGUUCAUGCAGGCGGACACGUCC